AUGGCACCUUCUGCUAUCGUCACUACUGAGCAGUACGCACCGUUGUCGAUCAAGACAUUUACACCGGUGGAGCACAGCCCUGUUGCUGUUGAGAUCAAACAUGGCGCAAAGUAUGCCAAACAACUAAUUGGCGAAGCGUUCAAGAAGCGUGUCGACGCUAUUGAUCAUGAUUCCUGUGAAGCGGGCGAAGAAGAUGCCUUCUUCGUGGCUGAUAUGGGCGAGGUCUACCGCCAGCACCUCCGUUGGAAGAUGAACCUCAAGAGGGUCAAGCCACACUAUGCUGUCAAGUGCAACCCUGACCCUCAAGUUCUCCGCCUGCUGGCGGAGCUGGGCACCGGUUUCGACUGUGCCUCCAAGGCUGAGAUUGAGCAGGUCUUGAAGAUGGGCAUCGACCCUUCGCGUAUCAUCUACGCGCAGCCCUGCAAGACCAACUCGUACGUGCGUUAUGCUGCCCAGCAGAACGUCAAGCAGAUGACGUUCGACAACGCCGACGAGCUGUACAAGACCAAGAAGCUCUUCCCUGACGCUGAGCUGUACCUGCGAAUCCUCACCGAUGAUUCGGCCAGUCUGUGCCGCCUCAGCCUCAAGUUCGGCGCACCCAUGGACACCACCCAGGACCUGCUUGAGCUUGCCAAGCAGCUGGAUCUCAACGUGGUGGGCGUUGCCUUCCAUGUUGGUUCCGGCGCGUCCGAUCCUCAAGCCUUUAUCAAAGCCGUUGAGGACGCUCGCACUGUCUUCGAUCAGGCCGAAGACCUUGGCUUCAACAUGCACACUCUGGAUGUUGGUGGCGGCUUCUCCGGAGAGACUUUCGAGGAGAUGGCCGCUGUCCUGUCUGAUGCGCUGGACACGCACUUUCCGCCACACAUCCGUGUCAUUGGCGAGCCUGGCCGCUACUACGUCUCUUCAGCUUUCAACAUUGCGUGCAACGUCAUUGCGCGCCGCACCGUGCGUGACGAACAGCUCGACACCACGUCUUACAUGCUGUACAUGAACGAUGGUGUCUACGGCAACUUUUCCAGCAUCAUGUUCGACCACCAGCACCCGGUGCCGCGUAUCCUCAAGUUGGGCGACCGCUUUUUGCACGACCAAGAGGCCUGCGAGUUCGAUGUCGACGGUCGCCGCCCAACCGAUUACUCUAUCUGGGGCCCGACCUGUGAUGGCAUCGACUGCAUUGCGGAGAAGGCGUCGUUCGCCGAAGAGAUCGAUGUUGGCGACUGGCUUUACUUCGAGGAAAUGGGUGCCUACACAAAGUGCUCCGCGACUCGUUUCAACGGCUUCACCGACAAGCACGAGACUAUCUAUGUCUCCAGCGAGCCCGGUGCUAGUGCCCUCCUGGGCAUGUAA